AUGAUAUUGAAACAGCUGGGCUUACUCGUAUUUUUUCUUAUUUCACAAUCUAAAGCUGAAUGUAAUAAUUCACUGGACUGUUCUUUGAAUGGGGAUUGUGUACAAGGAGUGUGUGCGUGUGACUAUGCAUGGAUCGGAGCAGCGUGCAAUAAAAUGGACAUUUUACCAAUGAAUAAAAAUUCUGGUUAUCACAAUCACACUGCUGGUGCAUCUUGGGGUGGAAUACCUAUUUACGUUGAUGGUAAAUGGCAUUUGUUCGUUUCGCAGAUGGUGAAUAAUUGUUCUCUAGAUUAUUAUGGUACAAAUAGCGAAAUAAUACGCGCCGAGUCUGAUUCCCCAGGAGGUCCCUUUGUUUACGCAGAAACUGCGGUGCCUGUAUUUGCACAUAAUCCGACUGUAUGCAUCACAAAUGACGGAACAUUUCUACUUUAUAUGAUUGGAAAUGGCGUGAGCCUAGAAGAACCUGUGAACUGCAGUAAGAAUGCAAAUAGGAAAAAAAUUCAAACCAGACUUUCUCCGAAGAAACACAGGAAAAGAUCUGUAAGUGGAUCAAGUGACAUUCAUAUUGCGUAUUCCAGCAGCGUUUAUGGUCCAUGGAAUAUACUUUCUGUUUCUUUCACAAAUCCAUACGCCUCCACUAUAUUUGAUUGCGCUUGGACAAAUCCUUCUCCCGUUGUUUUCGAGAAUGACAGUGUAUUAAUGGCAUUUACAGCUGGGUAUUGUCAUGGUGGAGUCGAAGCCAUUGGUAUCGCCGAAGCCCCUCACUGGAAAGGUCCAUAUGUAAUAAAAACGCUUGAACCUAUUUUUCCUAAACCUAGUUUCUGUCUGAGUGAGCAACAGUACGAGGAUCCAUUCCUUUGGCAGAGUUCACGCGGCUUCCAUAUUUUGUUGCAUGGUAUGUGUCCAACGGGUGUAUUUAACUCCAAGUACGCAUAUUCUCUUGAUGGUAUUCGCUGGACAGUUUCACCGAUAGAUCCUUAUAUUUAUAUUGUGCUAUAUGAAGACGGUUCUGAAGGUGUCUUCGUGCGCUGUGAACGGCCGCAGUUGUUGUUUAACCAUGAAGGCCAAGCAAUCUAUCUAUUUACUGGAGUGAAACCUUUGUUAGGUCAUGAGUAUACGAUUGCUCGACCGUUAGUGUAA